GACGCAUGAUGGUUAUUUCGCGCUCAGCGUUCGAAGAGGCAGCUUCAUGUUCUUCAUUUGUCAAGGAAAAUAAUGCUAUUUUGAAGAAUUGGUUGUAUGAAAACUAUAAAUUGAUUAAGGACGAGAAGUUCUCUUCAUUUCAGCUGCGAUGAGCGAUGGAGAGUGCAAGGAACAGCUGUGUUAGAGAGAGAGAUUGAAAGGAGGAGGAUCUCAGUGAGAGUCAGAUGCUGCACUAGGCAGGAGCAGAGGGGAGAAGUUGACCGUAGAGAACAGGACAGCCACUGCGAGGGAACAUGCCUCAAAGGAAUAUGAAGGAAUAUCGUUUUCUGCUCUGAGAACUGCUAUUAUAACAGAUCAGAAUGGGCAACACAGAUAGUCAGUACAGCAGUUUCAUCAUCCCAGGCAAGUCUAGCUCCCUGAAGCUGCACCACACUGAACAGGACAUCCUCUCCCCACACACUUGGUGGAGAAACUCAGAGGGUUCUGGAUACAAGGCCAAAAAUGGUUUUACACCACACAAGAACAGUCAGCCUUACAUCUCCCGCCAUUAUGAUGGCAAUAAGGGGAUAUCUAGUGACAAAAUAUGUGCAGAGAGCCACAGGGACUAUGACAACCUUUUAUUCCAGGGAAAUGGCUUUUUUGUAGGCUACAGACAGCCUACUGGUGGUGGAAGCCUCCAGGUUCCUAUGAGAAACACAGAUUCUGAGCUUUCCGACAGUAAGGGCAGCCCCAAAGUGCUUUUCAGUAAAGAUGGAAGUCUGAGAGUGGAGUUUACCAAUGCACGGAAGGAGCUAGAUGUUGAAAUGUCAUUGGGUGGUCAUUCCAGUGGAUCCGUUGACGCUACCCAGAGAGCCAGUAAUGGCAGCUCUCUCAGCUCUGAGGGCUCAUGGUAUGACUCGCCCUGGGGGAAUGGUACACAGCUCUGCGACAACGUGUUCACCACCGCCCAGCCUUCAGACAACAGUAGCGGAUAUACCACGCUCUCGUCCACACGUACAGUGGACUUUGGAUGCUUCAAUGGCUAUGCAACAGAACAGACUGAGAAUCAUAUGGGUGGACACACCUGCCAACCCAAAGGGCACAGUGGUCAGGACACAAGCAGCAAUUGCAACACCUACAGCGCUGAGGAGGACAGUGGAAUUGGAGACUCAGUGCUCCUUCAUUUGGAACAGAAUGGGUUUGGCCUUAACCCUUUUCAAGUCUCCAUGUCAGACCUAUACACAAAUCCCAACAUGACUGUACCAUUCCCCACUGCUGGAAUCCUAACCACAGAUCAGCUCCAGGACAAGGCUCACUUCCAAGCCUCACUGACCUCUUCCCUGGAUGUGAGCUCCCAGGAGGACAGUCAGGAAACCCAGCAUUACACCUUGCACACACUGCCCUGCAUAAAAGCAGUUCCUGGUGGGAACUCGAGGAAGGACUCACUCAAGAGUCGCAUCCGCCACCUCAGCGAUUGGACAGGUAGUUUGAGCAGGAAGAAGCGGAGGCUACAGGAACCAAGUACUGUGGACUCCACAGAGGUUUUGAGCUGUGGAGUAGGAAGCACAUUAGAAGAAUCCAGACCAUUUUGGAACCCCAUCUCCUCCCAAACACAGUGGGACUGCUUUGGGUCCUCAAUGGGACCAUUUGGGCAGCAGAUCCAGGGUGCGACCCUGAGGCAGAACAUCUAUGAGAACUUCAUGCAGGGGCUGGAGACGGGCAGCAGCAGUGGGACUGCUGAUGGACUCCAGGUCUGGGAGGUUGAGGGGGAACAAGGGGAGAGCAGCAGUGGCUCCAUGGGCUCCCUGGAACAAAUGGAUUUUAUGUUUGAAAAGGAGCAGGGUGUUGUGCGAAGGGUUGGAUGGUUGGCUUUCAAGCCCCUCAUUACCCUCCACAAGGACCGCAAACUGGAGCUGGUAGCAAGACGCAAGUGGAAGCAGUAUUGGGUCACGCUCAAAGGCUGCACAAUCUUAUUGGGUGAAUCCAAUGGAAAGACCUCCCCAGAGCAGGAAUGCACACCACGCUACACAGUGCUUGUUGAGGACAGUAUUGUGCAGGCAGUGCCUGAGCACCCCAAGAAAGAGAAUGUCUUCUGCCUCAGCAACGCCUAUGGAGACGUCUAUCUCUUUCAGGCUGCAAACCAGACAGACCUGGAGAACUGGGUGACAGCCAUCCACUCAGCUUGUGCCUCCCAUUUAGCUAAGCGUCAGGGGAAGGAAGACACCCUACGUUUACUAAAGAGCCAGAGCAGAAUUCUGCUGCAGAAGAUCGACAUGGACUGCAAAAUGAAAAAGAUGGCAGAACUGCAGCUGACCGUCAUCAAUGACCAGAAGAACAGGAAGGCUAUUGAGAGCCAGAUACUGCAGUGGGAACAGAACCUGGAGAAGUUUAACCUGGAGCUCUUCCGCAUGCGCUGUUACCUGGCCAGUCUGCAGGGAACUGAGCUGCCUAACCCAAAGAGUCUGCUAGCCACUGCCGGGCGGCCAUCUAAAAUGGUGCUGGGCCGUCUAGGAAUUUUCUCUGUCUCGUCCUUCCAUGCGCUGAUAUGCACUCGUGACGAGGCCACGCUAAGGAGACGCUGUCGCUCUCAAUCUCGAGGUAUGCGGAACAAACGAGGACUCUUUUCCUCACAGAAGGGAUUGGACAGUCUGACCAAAUGCAACCAUGAGAAGAGACAGACCCUGUCCCAGAUAUUUGAGGGAUAUUCUGCCAGAUCGUUUGGUCAUCCAUUCACGCAAAGCAGCUCAGAGCAGAGGCUGGAUGUCUUUGCCAAAUUACAUUCUACAGUACCACCUAAAGGCCAUCUCUGGGACUGCAGCUUGGAGAGCCGUGUGAAUGUGCUGAUGCCAGACGGCCAGGUCAUCGGUGUGCCAGUCAAACAGGACUCUGUGGUUGCUGAUGUUCUUUCUUUGGCAUGCAAGGUAAAGCAGUUGGAUCCAACUCUGAACUGCCUCAGUGUGAAGAGACAUUUGGGUCAAGAUGUGGAAAGAAUCACUCCAGUGCACACAGACCUGCUGAGAAACUUGGACUUUGAUGAGCUUGAGGUUUUGCCUCUCAAUGUGUUCACCUUAAACAUGUUCCGUCCGGACACAGCUGUAGACUUUGGUUUUGCAGUCACAGGUCAUGUGGAUGGUGCUGGGAGAAGUCAUGUCUAUGUGAGUGAGGUGCAUCCUGAAGGCCUGGCGUUCACUGAGGAUCUCCGGGCAGGAGAUGAAAUCUUGGUUCUUAAUGGCGUGAGCAUGGCUUCUCUGGACCUUGGCUUCAUGCAGAGCUUUUUCAGUCAGCAUGAACUCUGUCUGGUCCUUAGACGUGACGAUAGCAAAGACGACCAGAGCUCUGUCUGGCCAGAGUGUGGCCUCAGUUACCCUGAGCAUCCACCACCUUCUCAGGGUGUCGUCAUUCACCAGGAGCAGUUGAACACAGAUCCACCUCAAGUGCAGGAGGCUCCAGAGAGCUCUGUGACUCCUGCUGUGGAUGAGCUGAACGAUAAGGCAAAGCGGUGCAGAAAGAGCACAGAUGUGGUAUGUAACCUCUACCAGACAUUCCCUGAAGGGUCCGCCCACGUGCCAGAGGGCCACAGGAACCCUUACUCCACUGACAGUCCACUUGCCAAAUCCUCCCCACGUCACAUGUCUGUCACAGAGCAUCUGCACAUGGUUAUUCAAGAGCUGGUGGACACAGAGAAAUCAUACGUAAAGGAUCUUGGUUCUCUGUUUGAGAUCUACCUGAAGCCAUUACAAAAAGAAACUUUCCUCAGUCAAGAUGAGAUGGAGUCUCUGUUUGGCAGUUUGCCGGAGAUGCUGGACUUCCAGAGGGUUUUCCUGCAAACUCUGGAGGAGAGGACAACCUCCUCACCAGACUACCAUACACUGGAAACCUCUGAGAAACUCAAGAAACUGCUCUUCUCCCUGGGCGGAUCAUUCUUGUACUAUGCUGAUCACUUUAAGCUUUACAGCGGUUUUUGUGCCAACCACAUUAAAGUGCAGAAAGUUCUAGAACGAGCUAAAACAGACCGGGCAUUCAAAGAGUUCCUGGAGGCGAGGAACCCCAACAAACAGCACUCAUCCACGCUGGAGUCGUACCUCAUUAAACCCGUGCAGAGAGUUCUGAAGUACCCACUGCUGCUGAGAGAGCUGGUGUCUCUCACUGACCCUGACAGUGAAGAGCACAACCACCUCACCGAUGCGUUAAAGGCCAUGGAGAAGGUGGCCAGUCACAUUAAUGAGAUGCAGAAGAUCUAUGAGGACUUUGGCACAGUGUUUGACCAGUUAGUGGCAGAGCAGAGCGGCGCUGAGAAGGAGGUCAAAGAGAUUUCCAUGGGAGAGUUCAUCAUUCACAGCUCAGCACUCUGGCUAAACCCUCUGCCCUCAUUAGGCCGCAUGAGAAAAGACCCUGAACUCACCCUCUUCCUCUUCAAGAGAGCACUCAUUUUGGUGUAUCGGGAGUUCAAACUAAAGAAAAGGAUGACUGCAUCACGGCCCACAGAUCUGGAUCCUUUUAAAUUCCGGUGGCUCAUUCCCGUAUCAUCCCUACAGGUCCGACCUGGAAAUUCAACAGGGUCAGAAAACCCUUGUGUUUGGGAACUUGUUCACACUAAGUCUGAAGUGGAGGGAAGACCAGAGAUGCUUUUUCAGCUCUGCAGCAGCAAUCUGGAGAACAAAGCCAAUGCGGUGAGGGCCAUCCGCUCUCUCCUGAGAGAGAACGCCAAGCGGACUGCUCCAGUUGAGAGACCAUUCAAGGAUUUAAGUUCUAACUUUACCUUUCCCAGAAGGAGCCACCCAGGAGCACUAAGAACAAACUCCUGGCAGAGGCUUCCACCACAAUCAAAUGGGCCAAAAAUGGGUUUAUUAGACUCAGAUGAGAGCAUACUGUUUGAUGGAGAUGCUCAUUCUGAACCUGCGCUCCCGAGCCACUUGCUCAGACCGUUCAGAGAGGAAAACUCUACUCUAAGCAAGAGAUCUAUGUUGUGUUCCUUGACCAGUGCCUUGGAGGCCCAACUCCAGAGACUUAACCUUGUAGAAGAACCACAAGGAAUGAGCAUGAGAAGCACCAGCAGCCUUCAGGGCAGUCAGGUGACAUUGCUGGACGACACUCCAGGUCUGGACCUCAACAUCAUUCUGGCCAGGGACUACAGCAUGCAGAGCCUGGGUUCGGUAGUUAACGAAGAUUGUUUUUACGACACAGUAAUGGGCAUCCAAAAAGCCGCCAUCCCCACCCUCUAGAGGAACUGGUGGUAUAAAAAUGAGAAUGCACUAAAACAUGACUAUUGUGCCUAGGAUUGGAAAGCUCUCACACAGCCUGUUUUAUCUCUGUGGCUCUGUCCAAAACCUAGCGAGCUGCCUUACUAGACAGCAUUUUAACAUAGGCAUACUCCAGAUGCAAAAGCUGUUCCAAAAAGUAUGCAGCAGCAUUAUGAGCACCACCGAACAACUUUAGCAGCAAACAUAGCAUGUGCUUUUACACCAGCAGUGUUUCUGCUGCAGAAAAUGCUGCGCUCUGUACAGAAAAUAAAAUGGUUAUCAGGAGUGAGCUAUUGAUAAGUUUUACAAACUUGAUCAUCAUGAAAUUUUAUUUACAUGAUGCUGGUGUAAUUUAAUGUAGUGUUGUAGAAUUCUUUCAUGUAGUGACAGCCAACAAAAUAAGCUCUGUUCAUUUAGUGGAAGGGGGAUGACGAUGAGACUUUGAAUGUUGUUUUGCACAAGAGAAACGGUUUGAUCACUCAGUUUGGCCUAAUCACUCUUAAUUAUACAGCUUAAUAAUAUAGUAAGAAAUAAGGAGCCGGCUGUUAGCAUUGGCUGUGUAUGGGCAUUGCUGUUAAGCCAAUAGACCUGCUGUCUAUAUAAUAGUAUAUAAUAGGCAGUUUUAUUUAGUUUGUUUAAGCCUAUGACUUGUACUAUUAUACUGUAGUUUUAAAUGAUAAAACUGCAUGCCUGCUUAAGCUAUGUAAUAAAUAAUUUCAUUUAUUUAUUAGUUUUUAUUCCCUAUGUGCUUUAAUUCAAACAAAAACACACUAGACAACAAAUAUACUGUAUGGUUAUUCUGUGCAGUUUCUACUUUUUCGUGUCAACUCCUAUUCAUCAUGUCCAUCAGCAGUGCACUGUCACUUGAGCGUGAGCAGUGCAGCAAAAAUAGACUCGCUGCCAAAACUCUCGCCACACUGCUGCAGCAACACUUCUGCCACGCUGCUUCUGCUUCCAAUGUGUAUACUUUGACCUGUUAACAUGGGUGCCGGAAAAAGGCUUUUUUUCCAGUAUGCGUCAUGCAUGCAACAGGCGUGCGGUUCACAUCAAACGUGCUUUUGCAUCCAUCUGCGCUUUUUUAAAUAGUUUUUCUAUAUAAACAUGCGCUAGACAGACAUCGUCAUUCGUUGCGCCGCUUCUCUCUGUUUUUUCAGCAUCUCGCACGGGAGCGUCACGUUUUUAUGACGCAGUGUCAAGUUAAAAGAACUUAAACUUUUAAAAAUGCAUCUAAAGACACCUGCAUUCUGUUCUAUUCAUUGUGCUGCAGUACAUCUAGAUUUUUUAACAUAAGAAAUUGUCUACAUUUUCUUUAAAGACAUUUUCCUUUGCAGAGAAGGAAACCUCAUAAUGCAUUGACAAUAUUCAUCCAAAAUGGCAGACUAUAAAUUUGAUUAGAUACUGAAAAGUAUCAGUAAAAUAGUUUAGUCUAAUUUAAAAUUAUUAUAAUUUAGCCAGCAUUUAUCUUUUUUUUUUUUUCUUCCUUUCUUUGGUUACUUAUUAGAGUAUUGCAUUGUUAGCUUAGAAUAUGCUAACAACAACCUCUGUUGGAAUCAGUUAUUAGUCAGGCUUCACUAUUGUCUCAUAUUGAACUCAUUCUCAGAGUAGUGCUAUUUGUGGAGUUGUUUGCCAUUUGAAGAAUGAUCAGAAUCAGUCUCUUAUGAGAUGUCAUUUCAGUUAUGAUGCUAUGUUAGAGGCUGUUCAAACAGGACACAUUUCCGCAGCUGCCUAUAAAUAUGCUCUGUUUAAUUCCGUUGAUCUCUAUCUUGCUAUUUUUAAAUACAAGAACUCGUCCAGUGUGAACAGCCUUUUUGAAGAUAGUUGCCUUUGCAGUCAUUAGGAAGCAAGACAGCUCACUACUAGGGUUUUGAACAGAGCUGCUAUAUGGAUAGAGAAAAACUUGAUGAUCCUGCCUUAAAUUCAACACACUCUGAAACACAGUUUGUCUAUCCAGAACAUUCCAUAUGAACUGACACAUGUACUCUCCGUACACGAGCAAAGACUGUUUUAGUGUAUGUGAAUACUGUAUCUUUACGUUUUGCUAAUUUGACAAAGGCUUUUAUCAGCUCAGCACUGAAAUGGUUUGAUUUCCACAAACUGAGCAAGUUUUUAUAAACCUGAAGUCUGAAAUGAAUAUUUUGCCUAAAUUAUACUUGUGUAUCUCUUUUGUACUUUUAUGUGCACAUUUUUAUGUACAGUGAAUAUGAUUUAUUUUUUAUUCAAAGGCAUGUUUUACAUAAAUUAAAAACGUAAGAUUUCUUUUUAGUUUAAGAUAUUGAAUAUACUGUUAUUGCUAUUAAGAUAUACUGUAAAUGGCAAUAUGCUCUGCUGCCAGUUUUGGCUGUUGUAAUUUAUUUGUAAAAACAUACUAAACAUACAUUGUGAAAAUUAAUUUUUCAUAUUUAAUAAAGACUGUCUUCUAUGAUACUCACUGUUAGCAAUAAAAUCUUGAAUAUCUUGA